GCCUAUGGCCACUCUACCCCAACUAUGAGAAUGACAGAAAAGGCUGUAAUCUGCCCCGGUGACGUUUAUUACAACCGCUACGAGCAUUUCGGCCGGUAAUUCCGGUUUCAGACUUCCGCCAGGUCUGUGCGUGACGUCAUUAGGUCUCAGAGAGGAAAUGGCCUGGGCGUGAUGUCAGCAUAUUAGUCGGUGCUAUGAAGUUGCUGCGGGCGGCUCUUUGGUUGUUGCUCCCGGGGUUGGCCCGAUGCAUGGAGCCGGUGUCCCUGACACUGGGGGCAUUCAUCGUCUCCGGCCUCAGCUACUACUGGUUCAGGAGCCCCACUGAGGACUGCACGCCGCUGGACAGGGCUCUCAACAGCACAGCCCUGCAGGUGGACUUUGACCACAACAUAUUUGGGCAGCACCUGGCAAGGCUGGUCAUCCUAAAGGGAUUGACUGGUUUUAUGAAAAAUAAGAACCCUAAAAAACCCCUCACCCUUUCCUUUCACGGCUGGACCGGCACCGGCAAGAACUACGUCUCCCAGAUCCUGACCAAGAACAUUUAUCCCGGCGGAAGUAAAUAUGUGCAUCUCUUUGUGUCAACGCUUCAUUUUCCACAUGCUAAUCAGAUUGACAAAUACAAGGACCAGCUACAGUCCCAGAUCAGGGAGAGUGUAAAAGCCUGUGAGACCUCCAUCUUCAUAUUUGACGAGGUGGAUAAGAUGUACCCAGGCCUUAUUGAUGCCAUCAAGCCAUUCCUAGAUUACUAUGAAAACAUUGAUGGUGUCUCUUACCGAAAAGCCAUCUUCAUCUUCCUCAGUAACACAGGAGGAGAGAAGAUCUCAGAGCUGGCGCUGGACUUCUGGAAGAAUGGAAAGAAAAGAGAAGACAUCCAGCUGUCUGAUGUGGAGCGGCACUUAUCCCUGUCUGCCUUCAACAAGAAGGACAGUGGAUUUUGGCACUGCAGCCUGAUAGCUAAGAACCUCAUAGACUACUUUGUGCCGUUCCUGCCACUGGAGUUUGAACACGUGAAGAUGUGCGUAAGAGCGGAGUUCCAGCGACGCGGCCUCGUGCCAGACGAAACCAUCAUCACCAAGGUGGCUAAAGACAUGACCUUUUACCCCAAGGAGGAGAAAGUUUACUCAGUUAAGGGCUGCAAAGUUGUGAACACUAAACUGGAUUAUUACCUAUAAUCGGCCAACUUUCACAUCGUGUUCUAGACUGACUGCCUUACAAUGGGAUUUUAAAAAAACAUUAUUAGGAGCAGGCUUGGACUUCAUACAGUUGAAAUAAAACUGUCCAGGCUCUUCUAUUGCUGUACGACCGGACAAGGAAGACUAAUGAAGGUGGUUACAGCAAGCAAGGAGUUUUAUACAUGUCCUGGAGGUGACAUUGUGCGGAGCGGAGGAUCGUGAAAACCUCACUCCAGGCUUCAACAACUGUUCUGCUGAUUUUUACAGAAACUUCAAAUCACUUUGAUAAAAGAAAUGUUUUAUAUGA